AUGGAGGAGAAAUCCGGUGCCCAUCAAGGGCCAGAAGGCGUCUUCGGUAUAUAUACCCGCCAAGUUAUUGCCCUCUGUCAUAAGAAUCUCAAGCUUUUCCUUCGACGGCCAUUGGUUAUGAUCAUCAGAGUCCUACUCGUUCCCAUCGCCAUUACUCUCUUAGUAUCGGAAUUCAAGCACAUCGGAACUUCAGUUGGUGGAUUUGGAAAUGAUGAUAGUGGUAUAUCUGAUCUUAGACCCAUCAAGACGAUAGCUCAAGCCCUCGAGGGCCACGAGGAUACCAAAUUUGUGUUUGCACGCAAUGGAUUCGGCAGCCGGGUCGACCCAGUAAUUGAUAAAUUUGCCCAGCGAAACCCAGUAGCGAACGUCAUUAAAGUCGACAAUGCAACCGAUAUCAUCAAGGAAUGUAGGGUGACACUUGCUGGAGCCAGCGAUUGCUUCACGGCUGUCAUUUUUCACAAAGUUAAUGACACAUUCUUCGAUUACAUCUUGAGCGUCAAUCCUUCCGACUUUAGCGGUGAUUCGGAUUGGAGAUCUCACAAGUCCACAAUGCAAGACCGAGUUUGGCCCAUUCAAUUUGCACUCGACGCAGCUAUUGCAGAAUUCCCAGAGACUACCAUUGUUAACGAACAAAGCUACAAAGAGGAUUUGUCCAGUUAUUACAAGUAUUAUGAUGACUUGUACUCCGGCGGGGAUGACAACGAUGGUGAUACCACAUCUACCGGAGAGAAAGCAGAGGCAAAUACUAACGGAUAUUACUACUUUGUUACCUACUUCCUUGCGCCUUUCUUUUUCAUGAUUUUCAUCGAGAUGGUUUUCCACGUCUGCGGGUUCCUGACUCGUGAAAGAGAAAGCGGCGUUACUGAACUUCUCACCACCCAAGGCUGCAGGCAAACUCCUCAGAUUGCUUCUUACUUUUCUUCCUUCUGGUUACUAUAUCUCCCCACAUGGAUUAUCACCGGUAUCAUAUUAGGGGUGGUUUUAUUCACGACUACAAACACCGGAUACCUGGUUCUGUUCCAAGUUCUAGCAGGCACAGCAACCCUCUGUAUGUGUGUCUUCCUCUCGACGCUAUUUACCAAAGGACACUUCUCCAGCCCAGUCUCUGCCAUUAUUACACUUGCGCUAGCAAUGAUCAUAUUCAACUACCUUUUCAAGGAAAAACCCAGUCAAACAGAAAUGAGCGCCCUAUCAGCUGUGUUCCCACCAUUUGCAUACGCGUCUCUCAUUGCAGACAUCGCCCGUCUCGAGUCCGUAACCAGGCCGUUCGACAUAACUAGAUCCGCCGCGGAUAUCAAGAUUCUAACGCUGUUCCGCUCGUUUUCGCCAUACCUCUACAUUAUCUAUUUUCUCAUCCAGAUCCCACUCUAUCUCGGUCUCGCUGUUGCCUCUCACUUCACGAUCUGGCAUGUUCCAUAUAUCGUUACAAAAGUGGCACCCGAGAGUGGUCUAGCAAUGAAGACAACCGGUUUGAGCAAGACGUUUAAAAAGUCGAAGGGGAGAGCCGUCAACGAGCUCAGCGUUGAAGUACGCAGGGGACAAGUCGUAUCGCUGCUGGGGCCUAACGGAGCGGGAAAAACCACGGCGCUGAAGUGUAUUGGCGGAGUCGUGAAAGCUGAUAAAGGGAGUCAAAUCGAACUCGGCUGCGAAAGGACUCAAUUAGGAUACUGCCCACAGCACAACGUCAUUUGGCCACAGCUUACCGUCCGCGAACAUAUUCAAAUCUGGUUGGGAAUCAAAGGCAGAAGGAUGUCAAAAGACGAACAGGAGGCUACUAUCGAAUCAAUGAUUCGUGAGUGCGAUCUUCUCGAGAAGCGAGACGCCCAGGCAGGCACACUCAGCGGUGGUCAAAAACGAAAACUUCAAUUGGCUAUUGCUUUUAUUGGUGGCUCUCAAAUAAUCUGCAUCGAUGAAGCUAGUAGUGGUGUCGACCCCCUUUCACGACAGAAUAUUUGGCAGAUUAUCCAACAGGGGGUCGCACAUCGGACUAUUCUUUUGACGACUCAUUUCCUCGACGAGGCUGAUAUCCUAUCUGACUAUAUUAUCAUCAUGUCCAAGGGCAAACUUGUGGUUGAAGGCUCCAGUACCGCACUUAAGGCGGCUCAUGGUGACGGAUACUCUAUCUACGCUGAUCAUACCAUGACCAACAAGCUCGCCCACACCAAGACAUCAGAAGAGGCUUCCCAGAAACUCGAAGAAUGGGCUAGAGAAGACGAAGCAGCUGUCGGUAAAUAUGAAGUCGCAUUCCCUACCCUCGAGCAAGUCUUCUUAAAGGUCGCCGCCGGCGACGCGCUCGACGAGGAAAGCGAGAACGCCGAGGAAAGCGGCGAAGAAGCCACGACUGCUGCCACCGCCGCCCGUGAGAACCCAGCUCAAAAUCUUGACCAAGGCCGUCCAAUCAGCAAAUUUCGCCAGAUCUGGGUUCUAUUCAAGAAACGCUAUAGUGUUAUCCCACAUAACUGGCUGGCUAUCGUUGUAACCCUUGCUAUUCCAAUCGCUGUCGCCGCGGCUGUCAUGAAAGGCACUGGAACAGUCGAUGACUAUGGCCUUCAAAACUGUGCUGCUAAUAUUGAGAAAUUCGCCAACCGCACGAAUGCACUUCGGACAAGUGCUGCUCUCUCGGCUUCUGCAUCUGCCCGUUUAGCUACUGCCACUGUCCGCAGCACCGCAACCACCACCCAAAGUUUAUACUCCUACCGCACCUAUGGCCCAGCCGACUACCAACCUUUCUACGACCCCAUCGAUGAAUCUAGCUACCCAACAUUGUACGAACAGGACAAAUUAGUCCUCGGUCCAGAAAGCGUUUUUAGGCCGAGAACAGAAGGAUACAAAAUCGUUGAGGAACUCUUCCCGGUAGUCUACGCAUACGACAAUGUAGAUAAUGCAAAAAAACCAAUAUCCGACAAUAUCAUCUACGUCAACAAUGUCGAUAACUACACUAAAACUCUCCCCGGGGCACUGGCAAUGGUUGAUUAUAGCUACAGCACCAAAUACGUCGGUAUAUGGUUCCCCAACGGCGAAACUCCAAGAAUUGCCAUGAUUGGCCAGGACUCCUCCUAUAGCGCAUUUUAUGCAGUUGAUAUUCUUGCUACGGUUGAUAACAUGCUUAGCGAUGCCAACAAUGGACCAGAUAUUCGUACCAGCGUCCGGACCCUACGCCGGAUUGAAUCAUCCUACGAUUUCCUCGCUGUUCCAUUCGCUCUAUUUAUUACCAUGGCAGUAAUUGCCGGGUUCACAGCUGCGAUUAUAUAUCCAACUUACGAAAGAGUUCAAAAGACUAGGUCAUUACAAUAUAGCAAUGGCGUCAGCCCGCUAAGUUUAUGGUCUGCAUACUUCCUCUUUGAAUUACAACUUAUCCUUAUCGUCGCAAUCAUAAUGUACGCCCUUUUGUCCGUCGGUGAAUAUACCAAACUCUUCUUUGGACUUGGUUAUAUCUUUGGCGCUAUACUACUAACCGGGGUAGCAACCGUUUUGGGAUGUUAUAUCCUAUCUCUAUACUUCUCCGCUAAAAUGGCAUAUUUUAUGGCUAUCGUCAUCCACCUCGUCCUCCUACUCCUCUACUUUGUUGGAGUGGUAUUGGCGGCAACAUACGCCCCGCCCCUUCAUAGAUAUGAGGUUCAAAACCAACUUGCCGCUGGACUAGGCCUCAGCUCUCCAGCUGCAAAUCUAGCUAGGGCGUUAAUGAUAGGCACAAAUGCCUACUCUCUACUUUGUGGAAAGUAUGGUGAAAUCCCGAGACCUUCAAGCGCAUUCGCAUUCAACCUUUACGGCGGCGUUUACUUUAACCUAAUUCUUCAAAUCGUCUUUCUUUUUGCGCUGUUAAUGGCAAUCGAAUACUCCCUCUUCUCGAGAAUUUAUUACCGCUUCCGUCGUCCGACUAUCCAAAAAUCAAGAGAUAGUAUGGAACUUGAACUCGCUUCUCCCGCCGGAGUAACAACUAGAAAGUCUGCAACAGAAACAGUCAGCCCAGACGACAAACCUCUUCUCGAAUGCUUCUCCCUUCACAAAUCCUUCAAGGGAACCGAAGCCGUUCACGACGUUACCCUUUCUGUCUCCUCAAACGAAACAAUGGCUCUAUUAGGUCCCAACGGUGCUGGAAAAUCUACAACGAUCAACAUGAUUCGAGGACAAUUCAAACCAGACAGCGGCGAUAUCUUCGUCCGUGAUAAAUCUGUACUAUCCCAACUCGUUGAAGCCCGUGCUGAAACCGGUGUUUGUCCACAAGAAGACGCUGUCGACGAUCUAACCGUCUUUUCGACUCUGAAAUUCUAUGCUGAAAUCCGUGGUGUCCCAGACCCUAGCAGAAACGCACAGUUGGUCAUGGAGGCUCUCGGGAUUCAAGAUUUUAAGAGUAAACGGGUUAGUAAACUUAGCGGUGGUACGAAGCGGAAGUUAUCAGUUGCUAUUGCGUUGCUUGGUAACCCGCCUGUGCUGUUGUUGGACGAACCUAGUACUGGACUUGACGCCGUCUCGAAACGAACGCUAUGGAAGACUUUGAGGGCACUGGGAAAGGAUAGGGCUACACUAUUAACGACACAUAGUAUGGAAGAAGUUGAAGCGUUGGCUACGUCUGUCUCUAUCAUCGCGGUUAAAUUAUUGGCUUCUGGUACUACAUCGGGUCUAAGAGAUCAAUACGGUGGAUUCUGGCAUGUUCGAGCUGUGGUUAAGCCCGAAACAUCGGGAGAAGCGGAGAAAGGAGUGAAAUCAGCCUUCGGAUCCAGCUUGGAGGAAUUGGUAGUACAUGGCGGUAACGCACAGAUUAGGUUUGGAGUUAAGAAGACUGGUAGUGCUGAAGGGUGGAAUUUUAUGAAGGUUAUGAGGGAGAUGGAAGCUAUGAAGAAGGAUGGAAGGAUCGUGGAGUACAGCUUGAACGGAACUACACUUCAAGAAGUCUUCCUGAAUGUUUGUUCCCAGGAAAAGUCGACGAACUGA